AUGAUAAAGAAGAGUGAGGAAUCUAAACGCCUGUUGAGGAAGAAAUUGAACAAUGACAUAACGAAUAUUUUAUUACUUUUUGAGAAAGUACAAGAGUGGGCAGAUUUAAGUAAUAUAUUACAAAAGUUAUAUUUGACUAUAGAGAAAUAUGAAUUAUUUGUUAAUGUAUCAUCAAAAUUUUUAUUAUUUCGAAGAUUAUCACAAUGUUUGAAUCCUUUAUUACCAUCAGGAGUACAUUCGAAAGCAUUGAUAAUAUAUUCAUCUAUUUUUAAAAAGGUGGAGAUGGAUUUUUUUAUAAAUAAUAUUCAUAUAUUAUGUUCUGGUAUAUUUGAGUUUAUGUUACAUUGUACCAUAAAUUUAAAAACAAUAUAUUUUAAAAAUAUAAAGAGUAUAUUACGUUUAAAAGAAAAUGUCUAUAUAUUUGCGUAUGCUUUAUUAUUAUCCUUAUUUAAUGUGGUUGACAGCGAUAAUAAUAUUUUGUUAUAUAUAUAUUCUAUAAAUAAUUAUAUUGGAGAAAAUAUAUUUUUUAAUAAUAUAUGGUUAUUAUUAUUAAGACAUCCAGAAAUCAGAACAAAUAUUUUAAAUUUCUUAGAAGCAUCUUUUAGUCCACAAAUAUAUUUAUUAUCAAAAGAAAGAAUUAAAAUGCUUCUUCCUUAUAAGGACCAUUUAGUAUUAUCAUCCAUAAUUUAUUGCUUAAAUGACAAGAAUAUAUUAAACCAAAGAAUAACAUUAAGUUUGUUAAUAAAUAAUUUCCCCUUAUCACAUGUACCAAAUAAAAAAAAUAAAAAAAAAAUUAUUGAUAAAAGUAAAAGUAAUGAUUACCAUAUGGAUAAACCUCCUUAUUCUCCAUUCAAUGCAAGUACAUCAUCCGUUAUAUUAAAUAAUAGUAAUAUGGAUAGUAUGAAUGAUAAUAGAAUAAAUGAAAAUAAUAUAAAUAAUAAUGAUAAUAAAAGACAUAAUAUUCAAAUAAAUAAUGAUUAUUUAUUUGGAGAUAUGAUGAAUAAACAAAAUGAUACAACAAUUAUGCAAUCUAAUAAAAUGUUGAACCGUCAUAAUAUUAUAGGAGAACAGCAUCUGGAUGAUGAUUUAUUAUCUUCAAUUCAUGAUGAUAAUAGUGAAAAAAAAAAUAAUAAUAAUUUCAUGUUAUUAAAUGAAAAUAAUAAAAUAUCAACUUCCAAAGAACAUUUAGAUAAUAUGCACAAUCGUGGUAUUAAAAGUCAUGAAGAUAUUAUGGGUUCUAAUCAAAAUAAAAUGAACCUUUCUAAUGAUGAAAAAGACCAUUGGGGGGGAAAUUUAAAUAGUAAGGUUGGUAAUUAUGAUGAUAAAAAUAUAUGUGGAAAGAAGCAUUUAGGAUUAAAAUCUGAAUAUGGACAAGUUUCAUAUGACGAAAGUUUAGAAAGGAGAUUGAAUAAUAAUAAUAAUAAUAAUAAUAAUAAUAAUAAUAAUAAUAAUAAUAAUGGUGAUAAUUUAAAAUAUCAGGGUAGUGUAGAUUAUGAUGAACAUGAUAUAAGUAUGUCAACAGAAAAUGAUAAGUAUGGAAAAAUGGGAAAUGAAAAUAUGAACGAUGUUUUUAUAUCUAAAGGGAAAAUGAUGAGAAAAGGAUAUGAAGAUGAUGGCCAUCAUCAUAUUAAUAUAAAUGAUGAUGACAAUUUGAAUUAUGAUGAUAAUGAAGAUGACGAAUAUGGUAAUUAUCAUAACAAUAAUUAUAAUGAUCGAAAUUAUUUUAAUGAAUAUGAUGAAGACGAUCAAUAUGAAAAUAAUAAUAAUAAUAAUCAUAGUAAUAAUAAUAAUAUGCUUCAUUUAGGAAGUGUUGAUAGAAAUAGAAGAAAACAAUUAAAAAAAAAAAUAAAUAAUAUAGGACAAACAAAUAACUAUGAUGAUGAUGAAGAAGAGGAGGAUGAGGAGGAAGAGGAUAAUAAUAACAAUACUUCAUAUAAUAAUAAUAAUAAUAAUAGUAGUAGUAGUAGUAGUAUCUUUUUUAGUGAUACUAGUAAAAAAUUGAUUGCGAGAAAUGUAAUAUUUUUAUUAAAAAAAUCAGAUAUAGGUUUGAAUAGAAGAAUUUUUAAAUAUUUAUAUUUAUAUGAAAGUAACGAUGAAAAGAAUUUUAAAGAUAAAGAAAUAAAUUUUGAAAACUAUAAAAUAUAUUGUGAAACAAUAAUUGAUAUAUUAGAAAACAAGUCUGAUGAUAAUUAUAAUAGUAUAGCUGAAGUUAUAUAUAUAUUAUUUAAGAAUAAAGAUUAUAUUAAUAUAAAUCGAUAUAUUAUGGAACAAGUGUUUUUAUACUUAUUAAAUUUUUGUUAUAAGAAUAGAGAAGAUACAUCUAUAAAAUCAUUUUUAAAGAAUAUGUUAAAUUUAAAUUUAAUAAGUUAUGAGAAUAUAUUAAAUAUAUUUUUAUAUACAUUUUAUUAUUUAAGAAGAAAUGAUGAUUUAUUUGUACAUUAUACAAAUAUAUAUAUAAAGAAAUAUAUUAACUUAUUAAAUAUCAUGACAUUUUUUGUAGAGUUUAUAAAACAUAUGAAUAAAUAUUUGUAUAUACAAUUUUUAUUUCAUUUCAAUUUAGCUACCUUAAAAUUAAUGAAUUUUUUGAAUUUGAAGAUAAUAAAUAUAAUAAAAAAAUAUAGUCAUGUCAAAGAUUUAAAUGAAAAAUAUUUUAUAGAUUCUAAUGAUGUGGUGUCAGGAAGACAUAGUACUUUAUAUUAUUUUUAUUUCUUCGUUACACAUUACAAUAAUUAUUAUUUGAAUAAAUGUUUAAGUAUCAUAGUGAAGGAUAUAUUACCACAGAAUCCUUCAAAUCGAAAAAUGGGUAAUUACCAAUCUCAUUAUUAUGCGAAUAAUAAGCAUAUGUUAUAUAUGAAUACACACGAAAUUCAUAGUGCGCGUAUGGAAGAAUAUUCAAAUAAAAUCCAAAAGGUGGGAUUCAAAAACGAAAUAGUUGAUCGAAAAAAUAAAUAUGAUAAUAAUGAGUAUAGUGAGAGUGAGAUUAAAAUGAGAGCGGUUGAUAAUUCUAUGAAUUAUAUAAAGAGGAAGGUGAAAAAGAAGAAUAUGGAAAGUAAGGAUAGUAGUAAUAGUAUGAGUAAUAUGGAGAUUAAUACAAAUAGCACAAUGGCAAAUCGUUUAAACCAUAUGCAACAUAUUCAGCAUGAUGGUAUAUCCAGUAUGGAACAUAUGAACAACAAAAUUAACGACAACAACAAUAAUAAUAAUGUGAAUUAUUUUUUCGAUGGUAAUAAUAGUAAUAAUAAUAAUAAUAAUAAUAUUUUGGAAAAUAAUAACAAACUAUAUUUCGAUAAGGGUUAUAAUGGUAACUAUUCCAAAAUUGAAAAUGACCAAUCUUUUCAUAAUAUUCUUAUGAAAUAUAAAUUUAAAUUGAAACAAAAUUUAAUUGACGCUAUUAUUAAGAAUCAUGAAUUAUAUUUCUUUACAAAUAAUUGUGAAUAUAUUAUUUUUUUAUUUUAUAAUUAUCAUUUAUUAAUAGAAAAGGAAAAAUUAAAUAAAAGUUGUUUUUAUUUUUUAAAAAAUAUAUUAAAUAAUUGUACAUGUGAAAAUAAGAAUAAAUUUUAUUUUUGGUGUUUCUUAUUUUUACAUAUAAUACGUAUCAAUUUUAAUAAAUCCUUGUUAAAGAAUUAUAAAAUUAAAGAAGCUGGUGAUGACACUGAUGAUGAUGAUGAUGAUGAUGAUGAUGAUGAUGACGAGGAGGAGGAUGACGACGAUGAAGAUGACGACGAUGAAGAUGACGAAGAGGAAGAUGAUGAAGAAGAUUUAGGUGUGGAUGGUUUGAAGAAUAUGUCAUCCAAAAAAGGGAAAAAGAAAAAGAAGAAAAGUGUACAUAAAAAUAAAUUGAUGAAUAAGAAAUAUGGUAGAGGAGGUAGUAGCAAAUAUUAUUAUUAUUUGACAAGUGAUAAAGAAAUAAUGUUACAUGGGGGCAUGAUGGGAGGUGUAAAUUAUAGUGAUAUGGAACAUGAUGAAGAUAAUUUAGAUGUCGAUGAUGAAGAUGAACAAAUGUUUAGUUAUAAUAAAAAUAAGAUAAGAAAUAAACAUUUUGGUGAAUUAAAUAAAAUGAAAUAUAUGAAUGAAGAUAUAACAAAUAACAACAACAAUAUCAAUAAUAAUAGUAAUAAUAAUAAUAAUAACAAAAACAAUAUUAACAAUAAUAAUAAUAAUAAUAAUAAUAAUAAUAAUAAUAAUAACAAUUUGAACAAUUUGAACAAUUUCAACAAUAAUGUUAGUAUUAAUAAUGGUAAUAAUAAAUAUCGUAAUUAUUUUCGAAGUACUGAAGAAGAAUUAUUAUUUAAUAAAAGAUUUGUCGAGUUUUUAUUACCCUAUUCAAAUAAUAUAGCAAAAUAUAUUUUUCAAUAUAUAAAAAUAUUGAAGAAAAAUAAAAAGUUUAUAAAGUUAUUCUUUGAUAUAAAUUAUUUAUAUUUUUUCUGUGAUAAUAUGUUUUGUCUAAAGAUUUUAAAGAAAAGUUUAAAAUGUAAAGAUAAUCAUGAGUUAACUAUAAAUGUAAAAGUAAUAUUGGAAUAUAUAAUUAAUAGUAAGACAAAUGAAUAUCAUAUAAUUCAUUCCAAUUUUUAUAAUUUAACGCACGAUGUAUUUAAGCUAUAUAACAGACGUAAUAAUUUGAUAAAUUAUUAUUUAAUAAAAUAUAUAAUGAGAAAUAAGGAAAAUUUGUCCUAUAUAUUUGAUAAUAUAAUUAUAAGUAUGUUUGAUUUGAUAACAGAAAUAGAAAAUUUGUAUGAAAAAAUAGAAAUGAUGAAAAAGGACUUGUCCUAUAGCAUGAUGAAUAAUAAUGAUCAUGUGUAUGAUCCUAAUGGUAUGAUUGAAGCGGCAGAUCAAAGAAAAUCGCAUUAUGUAUCUUUGAAGGAUAACAUGAAUAAUAUGAAUAACAUGAAUAACGUGAAUAACAUGAAUAACGUAAAUAACAUGAAUAACGUGAAUAACGUGAAUAACGUGAACAAUGUGAACUACCAUAACAACACCAUUAAUAAUAAUAACAAUAAUAAUAAUUUUUCUAAUCAUACCUCAUAUGUGAACGAAAAAACACAAGAGAAUAAUUAUCACAAUUUAAUGAAUACAUAUGAAAAGUAUCUUAAAAAGCUUAAAUGUAAAUUUGAUUAUAUUAGUUAUUUCUUUUUAAAUAUGGAGAAUUUUAUGCUUUGGUUAUACAAACAUAAGAUUAGUAAAAAAAUAUACCAUUCUCGUAAUAAAAUGACAUUAACAAAUUAUGAGAAGAAUAUGGCUAUAAUUAUAUGUUAUAUAUGUACAGAAGGUAAUAUUAACUCCUUUUUUUUUCGAAAUUACCUAGAUGUGUUCUUUAUAUUAUUUUUAAAAAUAAUAUAUUUGAAUGAAAAUAUUAGCGAGUUAAAUAAUAGUGCAAAUAAUAUAAUACAAAAAGAGAAGAACAAUUUAAAACAUAAUUCGUUGUUAGAAUUUAAAAGGGAUACAUUAAGUAUGUUAAAUAAUAUAUUCAAUAUAAAUCAUAAUAAAAAGUUUGAAUAUAUGAAGAUUUUAAAUUUAUACUAUAGACAAAUUAUUCAUCAUUUAUUAUUUUUAUAUUACUAUUUUACCGUUAAAAAAUAUUAUGUAUUACAACUACAACUAGUACAUUUUAUAAGAUAUAUUUUACCCUUAUAUGAAAAGAAUAUUGAUAAGAAAUUUUUAACAAAUGAAAGUACCGAAAAAGAUAAGGUUUUUAAACGUAUGAAAUAUAAUAAUUAUGAAGAAUUUAUUAGUGCUAGUAAAUAUCAUUUUGAAAUAAUAAAUAGAAAUAAUUAUAAUAUGAAAAAUGAUGUAUUUAUUUUUAGUAUAUUAAGAAAAUCGAUGACGAUUAUUUUUAAUUUAAAUGAACAAGUUUUAUAUAAAGAAGUUUUAAAAACUAUUAUCGAUUUAAUAGAAAAUAUUAUUGAUGAAAAAGAAGUAAAAAAUUAUUAUCUAACCGUUUUCUUUUUAGAUUUAUUAUAUAUUAUAAAAAUGGAAGAUCAAAAAAAAAAGAAAAAUAUUUUUUUUAUUAUGAAAUUUUGUCAAUUUUUAAUAGAGAUAUUUAAAUUAAUUUAUAGAGAUGAAAUGAAAAAUGAAUUAAAAUGUGAUAAAAAAUUUCAAGAUGAUAAUAUUACCAUUGAUAUUAUAGAAAAUGCUUUAAGUAAUAAUAAAAUGUCCACAGCUAGCUUUUGUACCAUAUUUUCUAUAAAAACGGAUGAUAAAUUUGUAAAUGUACAACAUAAAAAUAUAUCGAACUUAUUCUCUGUUAUAUUUAAUUUAUAUGCAUUUCUUAAGAAAAAAAUCAAAUUAUAUUACAAGCAUAAUAAGCACUUGAUUAAUAAUGAUGACAAAAAUAAUGUAGUGAAUAAUAAUAGUUAUAUAUACUAUGAUAAUAAUAGUAACGUCUAUAAUAAUAAUAAUACUAACAUAUACAACAACAAUAAUAAUAAUGAAAAUAAUGCUUUUAAUAACAACAUGCCCAACAAUAGUAAUAUUAUGAAUAAUAUGAAUAAUAUGAAUGAUAUUUAUCAUAUAUCCCAACACACAAACAAUAAUAUUAGAUAUAAUGAUGUGUCUUCAUGUGGGGCAAGGGGACAUAACAUUAAUUCAAAUGAAAAUGUUAAUCAAAAUGAUCUAAAUAAUAAUAGUAAUUAUAAUUAUAAUCGAGGAAUGAAUAAUAUGAAUGGAGAUAUAAAUAAUAUAAAUGGUGAUAUAAAUAAUAUGAAUGGUGAUAUAAAUAAUAUGAAUGGAGAUAUAAAUAAUAUGAAUGGAGAUAUAAAUAAUAUGAAUGGAGAUAUAAAUAAUAUGAAUGGAGGCAACUUUAAGAACCCGAACUCUUACAAUAAUAAUAAUAAUAUGAAUUCGUAUUAUUCACAUAAUAGUAGUGAUUAUCAUAAGGAUAACGAUAAUAUGAGAAAUAAUGUAAAUAGUUCAAAUAGUAAUUUUCAUAAUAAUAAUCAAGAUGUACAGAUAAUGAAUAGAAAAAAUGAUUCAGAUGGAAAUGUGGGUAAUUUUGAUAACAACAGUACAUACAGUUAUAUGAAUAAUGUAAAUAAUGAUAUUUCAAUGAGACUUACCAACAUAAAUAAUAAUAAUAAUAUUAAUAUUAAUAAUAAUAAUAAUAAUAAUAAUAAUCUUUUUGCAUAUAAUAAAAAUAAUCCAAAUGCUUUGGUCAAUAAUAUGAACAAUCAAGAUAAACCAGAUCAACAUAAUAAUAGUCAUCAAUAUAUGUAUAAGGAAAACGAUAUGAACCAAUUUGGAAACAGUAAUUAUAAUAACAUGGAUAAUACAAAUAAUAAAUUUUAUAAUAAUUAUAAUUAUGGUAAGAAUGUCGAAGGACAUACUAUAUAUGAUAAUAAUAAUAAUAAUAAUAAUAAUUCGAAUAAUGGGGCGGUGAAUAUAAAUUCUGUACAAGGAGAAAAUAAUGUAAUGUCAAGAAAUAAUAUAUUGUUUAAUCAUAAUGUAAACAAUAAUGAAUAUUACUUUUCUCAAAAAAAUGAAGACAAUAUGGCGAGCAUGAAUAAUAAUCAUCAUAAUAAUUAUCAUAAUAAUAAUAAUAAUCAUCACAAUAAUAAUAUUAAUAAUCAUCACAAUAAUAAUAUUAAUAAUCAUCACAAUAUGAAUCGUAAUAAUAAUAUUUAUAGCGAGGACUCCAAAACAAAUGAGUGCUAUAGUAUGAGAGAAAAAAUGGGCGAUGUUAAUGUUGCUUAUAAUAGUAAUUUUUAUGAUGAUAAGAAUAAUUAUACACAUAUGAAAAAUGAUUUAAUAAAAAAUGAACAAAAGAAUAACUAUGGAUUCUGUAACAAUCAUGAAAAUACAUUUAUAUAUAAUUGUAAAAAUCGUAUGAAUAGAAAUAAUUAUGCUUUUAAUAUGGGUUCAAAAAAGAAUAAGAAAAUAAUGUUAUUAAAAGUUUGUUUAAGUAAUAUUAUAUCUAUUAAUAAAUUAUUAUAUUUUAUAACUAGGCCUGAGUUUUUGUUUAUUGACAAUUUGUAUAGUAUAUUCAAGGAUUAUAUAAAAAAUAGAAAUGAGUACAAUAAAGAAAGAUUAAGUAAAUCUGAUUAUUAUUAUGAACAGAGGGAGAAGUUAUAUAAGGAACAUAGAAGGAAAAUGAAUAGGCAAAAUAUAAGAACAGAUAGUAGUAACAACAACAAUAAUAAUAAUAUUAACAGCAACAAUAAUAAUAAUAAUAAUAAUAAUAAUAAUAAUAACAACAACAAUAAUAAUAAUAAUAACAUAUAUAAUAAUAAUAAUUAUUAUUAUAGUAGUAGUAUUAAUAAAGUCAGCUUUGAUGAUGAUGAAAAGAUCGAAGUAGAAAGUUUUUUAGAUCAUAACGGUGUAGUAGGUAGUAAUAAAAAAAUAAAAAGAGAAAAGAUACGUGAAUAUUUUAAGAAAGAAAAGAAUUUAUUAAAGAAAUUAAAUUUUAUGACAAAGUUUAGUAAGAAUACUAUAAAGAAAAGUAUGAUAGUUAUGAACAAUUCAGAUGAAUGUAUAGAAAAGAAGAAAUUGUCUUUUUCCUUAACAUUAUUAACAGAGUUUGAUGAUGUUAUAUUAAUAAAGAUUAUAGAUGAUUUAUUAAAUUAUUAUGAGAAAUAUAAAAGUAAAAUAAAUUUGAAUGAAUUUAUGUAUUUUCUAUUUAAUAUAUAUUUAAAUAUAUGUACAUUAACAAAAAGAAUUAUAAAUCAUUUUAUAGAUUUUAUAUUUUCUUUUAUAAAGAAGAUUACACAAACAUCACAAAAUAUAAUGAGUAGUUUAUGGUUUUUAUAUAUCUUAUUUAUUAUUGAGAAUAACCAUAUAUAUGUAUUUAAUGAUAAAUUACAAAAGAAAAUAAUAGUAGAACAAAUAAGUAUAUUAAUACAAAUAUCUUUAUAUAGUUAUUAUUCCAAAAAUGUAAAAAAUAAUUAUAAUAUACAAACACCUUUACCAAAUUUUGUUCAACCAUUUAAUAUAUAUUAUAUUAUCCAGAAUUAUUUUAUAAAUAAUAAUUAUUUUCAUAUAAAAAAGAAUAAUAAGAAUAUUAGAUAUUUUUAUAUAAAAAAUCUUAAAUUAAUAGAAAAGAAUUUUAAUAUUAAUGAUUAUUCAGAGAUAGCUGCUAUAAAUGCAUUAUCCUUUUUAUUAAUGUGUUUUUAUCAUACAGUUAAUUAUAAUGGUACAAAUAAAAGUUAUAUAUGUGAAUCAUCCGUCAAUAUAUUUUAUGAACAUUUUAGUAAAUAUAUAUCUUUAAUAUAUAAUAAUAGUUUACAAAAUAUAUUUUAUAGAUAUGUAUUUUUAUUAAUUAUGAAUUUAUUAAUAGACUAUAAUGCAAAUUCGAAAUAUUAUAUAAAAAAAAUUACAUUCGAUUUAUAUUCUUAUAUAACUAAUGUAGAUAUUAGAUGUAUCAAAGCUUUAUCAACAUUAUUUAAGAAACUUAAUGAAACGAAUAUAGAUGAAUUAUUACUAGUACCAACAAGUAGUAUCUUUUCUUUAAAAUUUAAUAUUAUUAAUUCGAGGAUUAAUUAUAUUAAUAAAUUGUCACUUAUUAUAUUGGCUGGAAAUCGAAAUUUCUAUUUAUGUCAUUUACCAAAAAUUGCAGAAAACAUAUCUGAAUAUAUUAAAUUUUGUAACGACUUAAAGUUAUAUAGAGAGAUAUUAAUAUUAAUAUGUAUUAUUAUUAUAAAAAAUGAUGAAAAUGAAAUAUAUAUUAUCAUACCUACCUUCAUUUCUUUAAUAUUACAAAUAUAUCAUGUCGAAAGGAUCAAAUACAAAAUGGCUGUAGAGAAUAUUAAUAAUAUUGAUAAAGAUGAUGAUAAUUAUAUAUAUGAUUUCAAUUCAUAUAAUAAUAAAGAUGUCCUUUCUUUAUUAAAAACAUUGUUAAUCAUAAUAAAUAUUUUAAUUAAAAGAAAUGUGAGUUUUAUUAAUUUCUAUUCUUGGAUAUUUUUUAAAGAUAUUUCUAUAAAAAAAAAUCGUCUUGAACAACAAAAUAGAGAACCAGGUAAUCUAAUGAUAUAUCCAGGACACAAAACAUUAGUGUAUAAUAAUAAAAAGAAGAAGCAGAAAAAUGUUGUACGUUAUGUAAGUUCAUCUAGUGAUAAGGAUGAAAGUAGUGUAUAUAAUAUAUCCGUGGAUGAAGAAAAUUCUUUAAAAACACAAGGAAGGUUUUUUGAUGAUACAUAUUAUAAAAGAAAGGAUAAUUCUGGAUAUACUAAUAAAAUGAAAAAUUUUAAUUCGCUUACGUAUGAAGAUAAAUCCUCAUUAAUGACAGGAAAUCAAACUAGUAGUACUAAGGAUGUUGGAGGUAUGGUAAACAAUGCUAUACGACAAAAUAUAGAACAGAAUAAUAUGAUACACCCUAACCAAAUAAAUAACAAUAAUAAUAAUAAUAAUAAUAAUAAUAAUGUGUAUAAUUUUAACGAUUUUACAAAUAGUAUGAAUCAACCAAAUGUUAUUAAUAAUAAUAAAAAGAAAAAAGCUUUUACUACUGAUGAUUAUUUUGUUAAAUAUGAUGAAAAUCAAAAAGUUACCAAACAAACAAAAUUAAAUCAUCAUAAUGAAGAUAAUUUAAAUGAUACGAUAACUGUUUAUUUGAAUUCUAAUCAAGAAGAUUAUUUAUAUGAAAGCAAAAAUAAUUUUACAUCUAUUAGAUCAGAACACAUUUCUUCAAUGGUGGAUAUAAAAAAGGGAUCUAUAUUAAAUAGUAAUAAUAUUCUAACAAAUGAUAAUAAUACAAAUAAUAAUAUUCAUAGUAAUAUUCAUAAUGGUAGUAGUAGUAAUAAUAAUAAUAAUAAUAAUAGUGUAUGUACAGGUAUAAAAUUAGAUGAAAGUAAAUUCGUACCUUUCCUUGAUAUUAUUGAAAGAAUAUACUCACCAAAUAAUAUAUUAAAUAAAAAAUAUGUAUCAUCUGAAGAAUUAAAAAAUGAAAAAAGUACAAGAACAUAUAAUAGUAGUUUACAAGAAGGUAGUGAUUAUGAUGAAGAAGAAGAUGAAGAAUAUGAUGUUGAUGCUGAUGUCGAUGUUGACGUAGACGUUGAUGACGAUGAUGAUGAUGAUGUUGAUAUAGUAGAUGUAGAUGUUGAUGAUGUGGUUGUUGAUUAUAAUUAUUAUGAUAAUGAAAAUAAUUCUGUUAAAAUUAUUGAUGUUGAUGAAAGAAAAAGAAGUGUACAUUUUUAUCCCCAACAUCUUGAUGGAAAUACGUUAAAAAAGAAUUUAUAUUAUAAUGAUAAUUAUUUAAGAGAAUAUAUAUUAAGUACAAAAAAUGAAUUAUCUGGAUAUUCAUCUUUUGAAAAUAAUCUUAGUAGUUCAUCUGUUAAUUCUAUAAAGAGUAAUUUUUCAAAUACCUUUUCGAAGGAUAAUAUAAAUAAAAAUAUUAUAACAGAUGAUACAUCAGAUGAUAAUGAUAUGAUGAAUAGUAAUAAUAAUAUGAAUAGCAUGAUGGUACCUUAUAAUAUGCAUAUGACAGAUGACGAAUUUCAAGAAAACAUAAACAAUAAUAACAAUAAUAAUAAUAAUAAUAAUGAUAAUAUGUAUCUUUCAUCAGAUGAUGGUUAUCCCAGCCAAAGUAACCACAAGUGGAUUCAUUUUAAUAGCUUAUUAAAUUAUGACAUACAUGAAUUAAGUAAAAAAAAAAAGAAAAAGAAAAAAAAAAUAUCCAUACACUCUUGUAAAAAUUUACCACUCGUAUUAGUUUACUUAUCCAAAAAAAUUAAAUUAAAUUUCUAUAAAUACUCAAUGAAGAAACCUAAAGAAGAAACAAUCAUCUUAUUAAAAGAAUUAAAUUCUGUAGAAAAUGAUAUUAACGAUUUGUUCCUAGAAGUAGAUUUAAAUGAAGUAUAUUACGAUUUUUUGAUUAGAUAA